CAGCACCACGCAGGCAGCCCCCUAGCCCCGCCCCUGCCCCUGUCCCAGAGUGGUUUGCAGGGUGGGGUUCCAUGCUGUGGCCCCAGCACCCGCCCCUGGGUUGGGACAGCCCACUGCCCCGUGCUACCUGAGAAGGCUCAGCACAGGCACCAACCACUGCCCCCAACUGCCCCGUGCUGCCUGAGAAGGAUUGGCACGGGCACCGACCACUGCCCCCAACUGCCCCAUGCUGCCUGAGAAGGCUCUGCACGGCCACCCCCGACUGCCCCGCACUGUCCCCACCCCGACAGCCAUGCGAGCGGCUGGAGCUCUGCUGGCCUUCUGCUGCCUGGUCGUGAGCACCACCGGGGGCCCUUCCCCAGAUCUGCUGUCGGCCACCAAACCCCAGACGGAAGCUCCAGAGCCCACGUUCACACACACGGAGCGGGCCCUCAGCCUCAGUCCUACCGUCCGUGAAAUGGGAAGAUAUCUGCACCCCGUCUCCGGUCUUGGGGAGGCUGAAAAGAGGUGGUUCGGGGAAGGCACAGGCAUGGAGGCACACGGGGCGUGGGGUGCUCUCUGCCGGCCUCGGCCCCCUGCUCUGUCCAGUGCAGGACCUUCUGCCACUGUGCUGGUGACAGCCUCCAACACCCUGCCCAGGUGCUGUGGUCAUUUCUGGUGCUUCCAGCAAGGGCCUUCAGUCUUCGGCUGUACAGGGAGGGUGCUGGGAGGCCCCCAGUCUAGCAGCAAAAUAGAUGGGAACCUGGGCCCCAGACACAAGCAUGCAUCCUGCCUCCACCCCACAACUCCUACAGCCCCUCCACUGCCUCCUCUGAGAAUAAAUUACAGAGCCUUCCUCAUGACUGAGGGGGCUUGGGGGUGGGGGAAGCAACAGGGACCCCAAGGGUGGUGCCGUCUGAGCAUCUGGCCUCUCUCCACGCCCAGGCACUGAACUGCACAGACCGCAGCCCCGAGUCCCUCAGGGCACCUUUCUUCCCUGAGGCUUUCAGAACCUAGGAAAUUGCCACACUAGCUUCCGCCACCCUUUUGAAAAGGGCUGUUUCUUUCUCAAUCUGAUGGGCAUCUCUUCUGGGAAGCUCUGCGAGGUGCCAUGUCACCCUCUGCCCCCUCCACUCUAGCUGCAACGGUCCAUCUGCCUGGACAGGGGCCCUGGGGUCAGGGAGCCAUUUCAGCUUCCCUCUGCAAGGUGAUGUCAGUCCUUACUUCCCAGUAGCAGAGAGACCACUUGCAGCCCGGGGAUCUCCCGCCUCCUGGGGAGCACUGAGAGCUGCCGCAGGCUGAGCCACCCUCUAUGUGGCAAGAUUCGUUUUUCCCAAUGGGGGCAUUCAUUUGCCCUGAGACCCCUGCUGUGGCCAUGUGCAUUUUGAUGUAUUUGAUAAUGAUUACAGUAUUGCACAUCAUUUAUUGACAAGU